GUAUCGCGAGAAAGUGCGAGAACAUGGGCACAAGACAACAAAAAUACAUCUGUGAACAAACCAGCGAACGAUGGCGGCGUCGCUGCUACGCCGGGACAAGAAAGCGGUGGCCGCCCAGCUCAAGGCAGAUUUAAACCGGACUGACAACAGCUCUGGGCUGCGCCAGCUUCAGGAACUGCUGGACGGCGAGCUAAAUCCAGAAAAGCCGGCGACGGACACCGAGGCGCUUGACUGGUGUAAAUGUCUAAUCACCGGGGGAGAAUGUUUCGAGGAGUUCUGCAAGACGGUCCGCUCUUACGACAACGCCACCCUCUGCGGCUUGGUGUGGACGGCCAACUUUGUGGCGUAUCGAUGCCGGACCUGUGGCAUCUCCCCCUGCAUGUCACUGUGCGCAGAGUGCUUCAAUAACGGAGACCACACGGGCCACGACUUCAACAUGUUCCGGAGCCAGGCUGGCGGGGCCUGCGACUGUGGAGACAGUAAUGUCAUGCGAGAGACCGGGUUUUGCAGACGACAUCGGUUGAGAACAGGAGAGAACAUUCCGUCAAUACCCCAAGAUCUUCUCUUGAUGUCGGAGUUGGUUCUUCCUCGCUUUAUUCUCAGUGUCAUACAGUAUCUGAGGGAUGGAUACACAGAACCAGACAGCUCAGCUGAGCGAGAUCUACAAAAAGUACUACAGCAGCUGGAGCCUCAAAUCUCCUUCCUGGAGGAGCUCACUAAAAUGGGCGGAGCAAUGCGGACUGUAUUGACAAAGAUCUUGACCAAUCAGCAAGCGUUCAAGGAGCUGAGCAUGGGCCAAGAGGAGAAUUUGUUUGCUAAAAACAACUAUGACAAAUAUUUGUCAGCAUUGAAGAAUUCUGGUCUGGUGUCUAUGGAGGAAAAAGCCCAAAGUGCUGCCAGCGACACUCCUGUCGGUGCAGAAGGAGGCGCAGAAGUUUUACUGGGAUCCGCAGCACCAGGAAGCCCAAAUGAGACGAUAAAGGAGGAGGACCAAGAUGCUGGACAGUCUGUUGGACAGAGAAAGAGGGUUAAGCUGAGCAGCAGUACAAAAGACCUAUGUAUUAUAGAGUCAUUGAAGCAUAAAUGUUUUUUGGAGGAGUUCCUGUUUUGGACAAUAAAAUAUGAGUUUCCUCAGAAGAUGGUCACCUUCUUACUAAACAUGUUGCCAGAUCAAGAUUAUAAGAUCACAUUUACAAAAACAUUUGUUCAGCAUUAUGCGUUUAUCAUGAAAACCCUGAUGAAAAGUCACGAGUCGGAUACCAUGUCUAACCGCAUUGUACAUAUCAGCGUGCAGUUGUUCAGCAACGAGGAGCUGGCUCGUCACGUCACCGAGGAGUGUCAGCUGCUGGACAUCAUGGUCACUGUCCUCCUCUACAUGAUGGAGAGUUGCCUUAUUAAAAGUGAACUUCAGGAUGAAGAAAACAGUCGCCAUGUCGUGGUGAACUGCAGCGAGGCUCUGUUGAAGAAUAACACUUAUUGGCCAUUAGUUAGCGAUUUUAUCAACAUCUUGUCGCACCAAAGUGUCGCAAAAAAGUUCUUGGAAGACCAUUCGUUGUUGAUGCUAUGGAUGAGCUUUGUGUCUUUUUUCCAAGGAAUGAACCUGAAUAAGCGGGAGUUGAAUGAACAUGUGGAAUUUGAAUCUCAGACAUACUAUGCAGCUUUUGCAGCUGAGCUCGAGGCCUGCGCACAACCAAUGUGGGGUCUUUUAACUCAUUGCAAAGUCAAAGAGACUCAGGAGUAUACUAAAACUGUGGUACGCUACUGUUUGGAGACUCUUCAGAUCUGGUUUGAUGCCAUCAGCUUCAAUGAUGAGCCUUCGCCAAAUCAAGUGACAUUUCACUUGCCGCUACACCGCUACUAUGCCAUGUUCCUCAGUAAGGCUGUGAAGUGCCAAGGUUUGGACCUGGACAGUCUCCUGCCUGACCAAGAGAUGCUGAUGAAGAUCAUGGUGCAUCCACUGCAAAUUCAGGCAUGUCUGUCUGAAAUUCACAGCAACAUGUGGGUCAGAAACGGGCUGCAGAUAAAAGGACAAGCUAUGACCUAUGUGCAGUCACACUUUUGCAACUCCAUGAUUGACCCUGACAUCUAUCUACUCCAGGUUUGCGCAUCAAGACUUGAUCCCGACUACUUCAUCUCAAGUGUUUUUGAGAGGUUUAAAGUUGUUGAUCUUUUGACCAUGGCGUCUCAGCAUCAGAAUGCCGUGUUAGACGCUGAACAGGAAAGACCGAUGCUAGAAGGCGCUCUGACCUUCUUAGUCAUACUGACAAGCCUUCGCAUUCAUUUAGGCAUGACAGAUGAUGAGAUCCUUCGGGCUGAGAUGGUCUCGCAGUUGUGUAUGAAUGAUCGCACUCACAGCUCGCUGUUAGACCUUAUUCCUGAGAAUCCCAACCCAAAGAGUGGUAUUGUACCAGGGAGCUGCAGUUUUGAGGAGAUGCUCUCUGCGGUUGCUGAUUUCAAAGCUCCUGUGUUUGAGCCAGGAGGCUCCAUGCAGCAGGGCAUGUACACUCCCAAAGCCGAGGUGUGGGAGAAGGAGUUUGAUCCCAUCAUGGUUGUUCUCAGGACGGUCUAUCGACGUGAUGUGCAGUCAGCAAUGGACAGAUAUUCAGCAUUUUUAAAGCAGUCUGGCAUUCACACCGGUAACCCAUGGCCUCCUUACAAAGCGAGGACGGCCCUGCAUCCAUGCUACAAAGGUCUAAUCAAACUGUUGCACUGCAAGACCCUGCACAUUGUGAUUUUCACUCUCCUCUACAAGAUAUGGAUGGAUCAUCAGAAUAUGUCUGAACAUGUGCUGUGCAUGGUGCUGUACCUAAUCGAGCUGGGCUUGGACAACCAGGUUCAAGACAGCAAAGAAGACGAGGAGCCCUGCAUCGAGGAGCACUGUCAUGACAGUUGGUUUCCUGGUACAAACCUUCUCUCCAAUCUGCACCAUGUCAUCAACUUUGUGAGAGUGAGAGUUCCUGAGACAGCGCCCGAAGUGAAGCGAGAGGCACCGCCCAGCACCAGCUCGGAAGCUUCGUCCUAUGGCCAGAACUCCAGGCGACUUUCAGCCAAUUGGAGAGAGAACCUGCGUGAAGCCCAGGUAUUUAGCCUGGUAGCAGAGCGCAGGAGGAAGUUCCAGGAGAUAAUCAACCGCAGCAGCUCGGAGGCCAACCAGGUUGUCAGGCCAAAGAGCUCCUCGACACGCUGGGUGCCGCCAGGUACACCCCCGCAGCUGGUGACGGAGAUCCUGGAGAUAAGAGAAAGCAUGCUGUCCCUCCUCAUAAAGCUGCACCAGAAGCUGUCGUCCAAGCAGAACUCUCUGUCAGCGUCCUGGCUAGACAACAUGGACAUGAGCCAUCACGCUCACGGGGACGGUAUCACAGCCAUCGAGCGUAUCCUCACUAAGGCGGCCACGCGCAGCUGCCAAAUCAAGCGUAGCAUCCAGGACAUUUGCGGAAAGGUGUCUCCUCCUGUGCCACCAAAGAAGAACAGUCCUACAGAAAAGAAAGCCAUGGAUAAAGAAGAAAGACGCCAGAGGGCCAGAGAGAGGCAACAGAAGCUGCUUGCUGAAUUUGCCUCCAGACAGAAGAGUUUCAUGGAAACAGCCAUGGAUGUUGAAUCUCCAGAAACGGAGGCAGCCAUGGACCUUGGAGCGUCAGAGAUGAUGGAGUCGGAGGUUCUUUAUGACUGUGUGAUCUGUGGACAGAGUGGACCCUCCACUGAGGACAGGCCCACUGGUCUAGUUGUUCUCCUCCAGGCCUCCUCUGUGCUUGGACAUCGCUGCAAGAGUGAAGAGGCUAAAAAGCUCCCAACCUGUGACGAAGAGCACAUUUACUCUGCUGACACUUGCGCAGUGGCUCACGAUGUCCGACUCACACUUUUGCAACGCUUCUUCAAGGAUAGCUCCUGUCUGCAGUCGGUGUCAAUAGGUUGGGACGGGGGUGUCUACAUGCAGACUUGCGGACACACUUUGCAUAUAGAUUGCCACAAGUCAUACAUGGAGUCUCUGAGGAAUGACCAGGUGCUGCAGGGUUUCUCUGUUGACAAGGGCGAGUUUACCUGCCCUCUGUGUCGACAGUUUGCCAACAGCGUACUUCCCUGUCGACCCGGCCGCGGCUCUGAGGCCGGCACCUGGCACACUCCCACAAACAAGAAGACCAGUGUGCUUAUAAAGGAAGUGAGAGAUCUUCAGGAGAACCUUGGCCUUUUCCCUACGGAGUCCAACUUGAGUAAAGAGAUGGAGCUGGUCAUUGAAGACAUCAAGAACACUACCCAGAAGAAGUACAUGGAUUACGGCAAGAAUCCGGGCUCUCCUGAUGGUGACUUCCUUUUCCUGUAUUCGGUGGCAAGGACCAACCUGGAAUUAGAACUUGUGCACCGGGGAGGAAACCUUUGUUGUGGCGGGGCCAGUGCAGCUGCCAAGCGCUCAUGUCUUAACCAGUUGUUCCACGUGUUGGCCAUGCACAUGCGUCUGUACAGCAUUGACUCAGCCUACAACCCAUGGACCAAGCUGACUCAACUUACACAAAACAAAGAGGCAGAUGGUUUUGAUGAGGAAAGUCCUGAGGUACCCAUGUUGUUUAGAGAUGUCCCUACCUUGCUGAUUAUCUUUGUGCUGACCAUGCCUCAGCCUUUGCGAAAAGAGCACUUUACCUGUCUGGUGAAGAUGCUGUACAACCUGCAGUUCAUCCAGGCUCUGGCUGCCCUCUCAACUAAGAUGAGCCCAGACGAAAGGCAGGCCUGGAACACAUCUGGGGCAAUCAAAAAGGCUGCUGCAAAUGCAGGCAUGUCUUCUGAAGCGCUGCUGAGUCACAUUAUCAGUGAGUUUUCCAACAGCAACAACGUCUAUGCAGUGGACACGGAAAACACAAUGCUGAGCUCCAGUGUGUGGUCUCCACAGUCCAUCGAGUUUAACCUCCAGCAGUACUGCCUUCCCUUCCUCCGGCUCUCUUGCCUUCUGCAGCAUCAUCUCUAUGGAGACAACCUCACCGGCUGCUUGGUGGAAGAAGAGUUCUCGUCCUUGGCCGUGUGCUUGGGGCUGGUACACUACGCCUCUGCGGCAUCAAACCCUGUGAACAGUGCCUCUUGUCUGGAGUGGGUGGUCAGCGCCUUUGAAUUGGUCACACAGUGGUGUGCUGAGGUCAAAGGGCUCUCUCCGGUGCAGGCGGAGCUAUCGCUGACUUUGCUGGUUCAGGAUCCGCAGUGGGCAGUGCCCCACCUCCUCCAGCUGCCUGACAACUACAACAUCAUCUUCCAGUACUACCACAGGAAGGCUUGCACUGCCUGCAAGAAGGUGCCAAAGGACCCCGCGCUCUGCCUUGUCUGUGGGACCUUUGUCUGUCUCAAGGGGGCUUGCUGCAAGCAGCAGGGUAUCUGUGAAUGUGUUUUGCACUCCCAACACUGUGGCGCAGCUACGGGCAUCUUUCUACUGAUUAACGCCUCAGUCAUCAUCAUCAUCCGCGGCCAUCGUUUCUGUCUCUGGGGUUCUGUUUACCUUGAUGCCCACGGAGAGGAAGACCGGGAUUUACGCCGUGGCAAGCCUCUAUUCUUGUGUGAAGAGAGGUAUCGAGUGUUGGAGCAACAGUGGGUGUCACACACCUUUGAUCACAUCAAUAAGCGCUGGGGGCCUCAUUAUAACGGACUCUAAACAUCCUCCACUUUCAAACUGCAACAUUGAAGGCAAUGUGUGUGUGAUUGUGUCGUUUGACAGAAAAACUCCACUCGCGGUGUCGCUGCCAUGCCCUCGCUUUGUGUUAGGUUUGGGUGUUCAAUCAUCAGUCCUAAAGAUUAACACGUGUGUGCAUUUCAGUAUUUUAUCAUGUAGGUUGCAAACAGUUUGGACAUGCGAGAUUGAAACAAAAAAGAGCACAAUUUCCUAGAAAUGUGCUUUGUUUUGGAGUAGGCUUUAUAAGGCUGUCAUGGGUCUAUAUAUAAAUAUAUAUGACACACUAAUUAUCCCUGCAAUAAUGCACUAUUUACAAUGACGUUAAUGCAUAUCCCUUUUAGUUAUGGUUUCAAGCUCCUCACGGGUGCAGCUGCAUUACUACAUGACAUCCACACACUCUACAACUUUUUUGCAAAAGAGCAAAAAUACCUUUUUUGGGGGGGAGGUCGAGUUGCAAUCCAUCCUCAGGAAAAAUUUUUGUUGUUUUUUUUCCUGUCUAAAUAAGUUUUAGAUAUUUAAAUACAAAUAAAUGCUGCUGCUCAUUGUUAAUGUAAUUUUAACUUCUGUAUAGGUUGUGCGCUGAAAUUUUGCAAAACUCACUUUUAACGUUGAAGAACGUGCGCGGUCGCUUCUUUACACUCACUGAAGUUAAGAGUUUUGCCUAAGCUACGUUUUUUUUUUGGUUUGCAUGUGGUGAAAAUGUAUCUUUCAAGUCAAAGCAAUGAAGGUGUGGAAAUAUAUACAGUUUAUAUAAAUAAAUAAAAAAGAAUUAACUGCAUUUCACAGCAGUCUAAAAGGAAAAUGUCAUCGCUUACAGCAGAAUCCAUCACUCAUUCUGUUCAUUCCCUCAAUAAACUUAACGGAAAUGAAGUGUUUUUCAUGAAAAGGUAACUAUUGAGGCCUCUCGACUGUGGAAUGGUGACUACAGUUUUGAUGAGUCCGGUGACUUUAAAGACUACAGUACAGGCCAAACGUUAGGACACACCUUCUCAUUUCUUUAUGUUCAUGACUAUUUACAUUGUAGAUUGUCACAUCAAAACUAUGAAUGAGCGCAUGUGGAGUUAUGUA